GGCUAUCACAGAUACAUAUAUUUUGUGGUGGCUAAAUAGUGCAUAAUAUUAUCCUUAUCCAUUAGCCGCCCGUCACCGGAUCGUUUAAUAUCGCGAUCUCUGAUAUGGAUAUGGAAUUGUAUUAAUACAAUUAACUCAUAACUGUAUUGGCUUACCGAACUGCCGAUGCAGUCGAAAUCUUCGGUUCUUGAGUAGUUGAGUUAUUGAGUUGACUGAAUCGUGAGCUUGAAGUUAAACACUGUGAAGCCCGGGCGGUGGCAACAUCAGUGAACGGCAUAAUUCUAUCAUACUUUAUGUAAACAUACUUGGUGUAUUCAAACUUUUGAUUUACGUCGGUCAACCCUGUAAAAAUGGUUUGCGAUGACGACAAUGAUUUCAUUCGUGGUAUAUUUUGCCCACAUGUGGCAGUCUUGUGUUCAGACAAGGCUCAAGAAAUCUGUCGCAAAAACAAUCUGAGUUUCAGUGAUCUGCUUAAUCCAUAUUCUCGGCUGACAGAUGUUAAUUUCAAAGAUGCCAAUGGUAGUACGAUAAAUGUCCCAAAUCUUCAAAUAGCGUUUUCCAAUAUAAACAGUCAACCAUUGUCAGUUACCAAAGAAAGAAGUCGCUUACACGAUUCUGUUAAUAUUACUACUGAACCGAGUAACAUUGCUGUAAAAAUUGGUGGAAGGGAAAUCACAAUACCUGAAAACACUCCAUGGUUUACUAAGUGGAGAAGGACGUUUUUACAAAUUCAAAGUGUCUCAGACCACGAGUAUACUAAACAUUUCUUAGGAUGUAUUAUAGUAAUAAGCUCUUCUGAUGAAGAACAAGUAUCAAUAUUGACACAGCAAGUUCAACAAUCAAUUUUACCAAAUCAAAAUCAAUCACCAAAAUGGUUUCAUACCACUAUAUUAAGAUAUUAUGUUGUUUUACAUGAAAGUCUUAAUCCUGAUUUGACUAUAGCUAAUAAAAUUAUUGAAACAUUACAGUCAGCUUAUGGCCACAGUAGUUGCCAUCUUCUUAGAUUAAACUCAUGUAAAUAUCCUAAAACUGAGUUAACUGAAGGAAUUUGGGAUUACUUGAAUAAUUCAUUUAAUUUAAAUGAUAGUAUAGACUCUCAAGAUCAGAGUGGAGAAUUUGAAAACAGUUUGAAUUCUGUAGAUAGUUCUUUAAUACAUCCAUUAAGUCCACAAGAAUAUAACAAAAGUUUGAAUGAUGAAUCAAAAACGCACAUUCAAAAAAUAUAUGGUGCUUAUUUAGACGAAAACGAUCAUAACAAUAUACAAGAUUUGACUAAACAUUUUGUUUCAAGAUCACUAAUACCUUAUAUUGAAUCUCAAAUACAAUCUUUAAAUGAAUCGGUAACAAAUAAAAAAGGUGUUAGUCGAUCACUCUUGAGUGCUACCAAAAGAUGGUUUAGUACAAAUAAACCUACUGCAGCAGCUGUACCAGCUACAGUUAUUUACACUAAUGAUUCACCAGAGCUUCAGACCCGACGUUUAGCAGAUUUAUAUAUGAUUUUGGGUGCCUGGUCUCUUGCUUUUCCAUUAUACCAGGCUGCUAAAAGAGACUUUAGUGCAGAUAAUGCUUGGAUGUUGUAUAGUGGUGCUGUUGAAAUGGCUGCUAUUUGUGCACUGAUGUGCCCUAGUGUAUGUGAUAAUCGAAAAGCCAUAGAAUAUGCUAAUGAGAGUGUAUUAACAUAUUUGAACACUUGCAGGGUUCCACAAUUUGCAACAAGAGCGACAAUACUAUUUUGUGAAUUACUUGUCAGACGGGAAAUGUAUGGAGAGGCUGCUAAAAUGUUUAUUCAAAUGACAAAUGAAGACUCAGAUUUACGUAGUGCUUUACUUUUAGAACAGGCAGCAUAUGCUUUUCUGAAAUCACAAAAACCCCCAAUGUUGAGAAAGUAUGCUUUUCAUAUGGUUCUGGCUGGACACCGAUAUUCAAAAGCAGCACUAAGAAAACAGUCACUAAGCUGUUACCAACAAGCUUACCAGGUUUUUGAAGAUACACAUUGGAUAUUAGCAGAAGACCAUAUACAAACAGCUAUUGGUAGACAAGCCAUGUUUUUAAAACAUAUGAAACAAGCUUCUGAAGCCUAUUCCAAAUUGCUGGCAAGAGCUUCAAGUCAACCACCAGAACAACAGUCCACUAUACUUAGAGAUUAUUUGAACAUCAAAUUGGAAUAUGCAGCAGAGAAAAAUGACUCAUCGAUCAUUGAUCUAGCCCUACCUCUCAUAGAUCAGAAAAGAAUCAAAAUAUUGCUGAAUGCAGACAGUAUAAUAACUAAAGAACAUAGUUUUGAUGAAGACUUGUUGGAUACUAGGUGGCAUAAAAUGGAAGAAGAUUUAAUUACAGAAGCUCGUGGAAUACCACCAUUAAUAUUUAAGCCAACACUUGCUUUCUAUGGUAGCAAUGAUACAAUAAGACAGUUAUUGUAUGUAGAUGAAUUAGUGCAAGUACAAAUGACAUUAUCAAAUCCAUUAAACAUAUCUUUAUGCAUUGAAAACUUAUCAUUGACAUAUUCUUUUGAUAAAGAGUUAAAUUUAGUUGAACCUCAAGUACUUGAUGAACUACUUUUAGCACCUUCCAGUACAACACAAGUUAUUCUUGGACUGAAAACAAAAAGUACUGGGAUUCUAUCUAUAAAUGGUGUUCAGUUUAGCUUAUUGAUUCCAUCAAUUAUGAGUGAUGACACAGCCAAGAAAGUAAUAAAUGGUUGGCAACGUUUUGAAAUGUUAAGUCCUAUACAAUUCAAUGUUCAACCACAAACUUCUUUGAUGAAGGUUGAUUUUAUUGGAAAUCAAAUUAACACGUUAAUUGGUGAAAUGAAUAUAAUAAAAUUAACAUUAGAAAAUGCUGGUGCAGUACCAUUGCAUAAAAUUUAUGUGUCAACUUCAAUCGAAGAUUCAUUUUUUUCAGAAUCAAAUGAUUCUUGUAAAAACAAAAAUAUUCGAAGUUUAUUAAUUCAAAUCCCUCCAAAUUCAAAAAAAUCUGUAGAAUUCUGCUUCAAUAGUCCAGACACAGAAAAAUUUAGCCUUGACUUGUUAUUUUAUUAUGAAUCUCAAAUCGAAACUAAAAAGCAAGAGUACAAAUUAUGCAGAGCUAGCUGGUUUAUGACGGCAAAACCUUGUGUAAGGUUAUCUGCUUCAGCGUUACUCGCAAACCAAAACAGUGAAACACUUAAUCUAAAAACAAUUGUUCAUAAUUUGUAUAAGGGAAAUGAAGUUGAACAGGUAAAACUCAAACAAGUAUUCUUGUACAGUCCAGAAUGGACACUAUCCAAAAAAGUAUAUCCACAAGGAAGUAUAAAAAAUUUGGAUCAACAACAGUCAUGUCAUUUAUUCUUGCAAGCUUGUCGAACAAAUAAAAGUGGUAUCUCUAAAAUUAAUUUUGAUAAUGAACAAUUUCCACAUACUGAUAUGUGUGAAAAAUUUGUCACAAUAACAAAAUCAUCAUCAAAAGAAAUCAAAAUGCCAAAGUUUGAUAGACAUAAAGUUCAAACAGAGGUGAUAAAAUGUAUUGAUCUCGUUUUGGCCAUUUUAUGGCAGGUAGUAAUCAAAGAUCAUUCAAAUCAAUUGAGAAUUAUAUGUGGCAUUCACAGGGUUGCUUUGACAAAAUUAAAUUUAAGUGUUGCGUGGCCUGAACUCGGAUGUUUAGAUGCAUCAAAAAAUAUUGCCAAGCCAAUAGGGAGAUUAAAAAUAUUUGGACCUGAUCGGAAUAUACAUCCAUAUGAUGGGACACCUUUACCUAAUGAUGUAACAGGAUUGUUAGAGUCACCCAUGAAUCGGUUGCUCAAUAUUGCUUUUUCGCAUUCAUGUACUGUUUUACAUUCCUUUAAUGACAAAAAAAUGUGUAUUAUACCUAUACUUAUAAUACUUAAGAACUGUGUUGAAUAUAAAAUUGAAGUUAAAAUAGAUACUAAUUCUGCUAAUUGUUCAAAGUCGGAUAUCGAUGAUGAACAUUUCUGUUGGAUCGGAGUUAUUAACCCAAAGCCGUUUUUAUUGCCAGUGUCAGCGACACACGCUAUUCGCUUAUACGCUGCAGUUGCUUCUCAAGGCUGUUUUAAAAUAUCAUCUAAACUCGAUAUACUGGCACGACCAUAUCCGCCCGCUCAAAACGCAUUCCUAUCCCAAAUUGUUUCGUCUUCUUCUUUAUUAGUUAUUAAAGACCCCAAAUCUGAGGUAACGAGUUAAUUGUUACUACUUUACUUAGGUCUUAAUCUAUAUGUUAUAUUUUUAAAAAAGUUAUAAUAAAAAAAAAAAAUCAUUUAUUAAAUUAUAUAAUA